UCUUCACAUUCGUUUCAGCCUUUUUUCUUUCUCGGCUUCCCUAUAUAUCGGUGCAGAGCUUCGACCUCUCUCUGCGCCGCCAUGGCACCCAGAUUUAAAGACGGUGAUGCCGUGGUUUCCAUCAACGGAAAAUGGAUUUCAUGGACUCACACUUUGUUCGCGUAUGCCGCGUUCUUCAGCGCGUUGAUUGUCGGUUGCGCUUUGCAUUACCACAAGAUUGUUCAGAAUGAACACUACGGCUAUCCCGACGAAUGGUUUCCCUCCGUCUCCGCGACGAUUGGUGAUCGUUAUCCCGAACGCUCGUUCUUCCAAGUUUUCAUCGCCAUCACUUCCGGUCCUCGCUUCGCCCUCGUCUUCUUGUGGUACGUGCUUACCGCGCGUCCGAACUCGUCUCUCCCUAAGAUCGUCGCUGGCGUGGGUGUCUUCCGCACCUUGACCUGCGGUGGAUGGACCUAUGUCACCUCCACUGACGAUCAUGACUGGCACGAUAUCUUCAUGAUCUCGUACCUCGUUGCAACCUUGCCGUGGACGCUGGGCUGCCUUGCGCUGAGCCCCAACAACCGUCGUGCCGUCAAGUAUCGUAAGAUCAUGGCUGGCCUCUUCUUCGGAACCUUGGUGCCAUUGAUCUACUACUUCAUUCAACACAAGGUUCACAAGGUGGCUGGAGCAUACACCCGCUACGCUUUCUUCGAGUGGUCCCUGAUUCUGUUCGAUGUCGGCUUCGACGCCAUCACCGUGCUCGACUUUGAAGGAUUCGAAAUUGUGAUUCGGGAUAUCAAGGGUAUCAGCAGAGGACAGUUGAAAACGACUGCGGAUUCUGUUCUUGAGAAAGAGAAGGGCAAGCCCGUGGGCAACACUUUUGGCGAGGGCUUUUUCUGGACUGAGAUCGUUGACGCUGCUGCUGAUGUCUACAAUGGGUUUGUCUUCUGGACCAUUGUGACCGGUCUUCCCGUGCUCGUGUGGUACUUCCCACUUUGGCACAUGGGUAUCUCAGGCUACGAGGUUGCGAUUGUGGCUGUCGUGUCGCCGUUCUUCUUUGCCAUCCCUUCCCUGCGACAGCUUGCAGUUAAGAACCUGCGGCUCCUCCAUCUGAUCUCGCUGUCCGGUCUUCUGGCCUACAGGUUCCAGAAUCCUGCUCACCGUCUGUUCGUGACUACUUUUGCUCUCGCAGUCACCUGUGCCGCAUGGACUGCUACCUUCUUUGCCGAGCGUGCCAACACGCCCCGCUUGGAGACUCGGAUCAUGGCCUGGGGCAUCGGUCUGAUUAUGUCCGUUAUUGCCAAGUUCGCUUGCUCCACCAACAACCCUCUCUGGCCCACCAUGCAUGCCGAGAAUGGUGGUUGGAACAAGAUUGGUCUUUUCCUUGCGAUCUUCUCUGUCCUGCGCUCCCAGCGCCCCACGACCACCAGCGGUGGUGACUAUCUGCCCGCUGGCGGCAAGAAGGGUUCUGCCCUUUUGGCCGGUCUUGGCUUUGGCGGUCUUCUCUUUGCCAUUGUCUCUCUUCUGACUGACUCCAGCACCAUGAUCUCCUGGGUCUGGGAAGGAUAUCCCGUUCGUGGUCCCAUUGCCGUGCCGCACGGUGCCGUCACUAUCUUCGUUAUGGGCGCUGGUCUGGUCUAUGGUAUUUUCAACCCUGCGAUCGCAGGUACCUGGACGGCCUUUGGACUUGGAUCCAUUGGUGCAACUCUUCUCACUUACUACCACCACUGGACUGGGUUUUACGGUGCUCUGGCCUUUGCAUUCUAUAUCAUGGCCGUUGCCCCCGUUCUCAUUGCCUCCUGCGUUCGCCACGGCGCUGCUAGCACCUUCGGAGUUGGCUUCCUCCUUUACGUCUUCCUCCUGCUCUUCCACGUCUGGGUUGUUGCCUAUGCCUUCGUUCCUGGUGGUCCUCUCGUGCGAGAGCACACUGACUGGCUCAUGAUGACGACUAUGCUCGCCAUCGGUGCCGGUGUGUUCUCCGCUGCUACUACCAACUCUACUCGCUCUUCCCGCAAGAAGCCCAUUAGCCCCAACAGCAAGCGUCAGCGCUCGUAUUACAUCUACGUGCUGGCGGCACUGCAGCUGCUCUCCGUUUCCGUGGCUUACCUGCGCUUCCCGACCAAUGACUACGUCCCCCACCACAAGGAGGACAAGGUUGUUACCGCCGGUAUCUGGACCGUCCAUUUCGGUCUGGACAAUAACAUGUGGGCCGCCGAGCGCCGUAUGCGCGAUGUUCUGGGCGAACUGGAACUGGACGUGAUCGGCUUCCUCGAGUCCGACAACCAACGCAUCAUCAUGGGUAACAAGGAUGUCACUCAGUACAUCGCAGAGGACCUCGGCUACUAUGCUGACUUUGGUCCUGGCCCCAACAAGCACACCUGGGGCUCUGCCUUGCUGUCCAAGUUCCCUAUCGUCAACUCCACCCAUCACCUUCUCCCCUCGCCCGUUGGUGAGCUGGCUCCUGCCAUCCACGCUACUCUCGAUAUGUACGGUGAGAUGAUUGACGUUGUCGUAUUCCACUCCGGUCAGGAGGAGGACCCCGAGGACCGCCGUCUUCAGACUGAAUAUCUGUCUAAGCUGAUGGGCUCGUCCCCUCGCCCCUUGAUCCUGUUGAGUUAUCUCGUCACCAAGCCUCUCGAGGGUAACUACAACACCUAUGUCAGCGAGUUGAGCGGCAUGAAGGAUAUCGAUCCCACCGAUUGGGACCGUUGGUGCGAGUACAUUCUCUUCAAGAAGUUGAAGCGUACUGGUUACGCCCGUAUCAGCCGCGACACCAUCACCGAUACUGAGAUUCAGGUCGGCAAGUUCGUUAUCGGCGAGCCCGAGCCCGAGGAGGAAGUCCGUGUUCCGGAGGAGUUGGUCCCCGUUGGCCGACGCUUCCCUGCGCUCUUCCGCGGCGAGGGUGUUCGCGGUCACCGCUACCACGUCUUUGACGAGCCCAGGUAUUGGCAGUAAACUUGGCUAUACAUGGCUCGCCACAGCCUGGGGCCAUUUGACAGAAAAUAAUUGCUUGUGAGAGGCUGUUCGGACUUAUGAUUUUGUGAUGUGUGAAAUACUCUGGAAUAGGAAGGGCGGAAAAUCCAUGUUCUUGUGGAUAGAUCACCUGCAGAGAAUUAAUCAUCUAAUUUGCUCCAUUUUUGAAGAUUGGGAUGAGCAAUUAAGGCGCCGCCUAAUUCGGCUUUAGCAUUGUACAGCAUGUAGAAAUACAUGGGUUCCGCGCCCCUGGGAUGUUCCAGGGGUCAAGUUCAGUGGUGUGGACCUUUCUUUGAACUUUCGAAUGGUUGCAGUCAAACCGAGGGGCAAAGGACAAAGCAAGACUCCAAAACAUGGCAUCCGAGUCAGCACCCAACUGCUGAAUAUCCAUUUCUUUGUUUCUCGGGGUACCGGAUCCUUCCAAGAUGACUUGGAACCCAUUCUUUGUGUGCGCCAUCCGACACGGUUCCAGGUUGUUUCACUCAAUAGGUCUUACUCGCUUCUGUCUCUGGUAGCUGGCCAGCACAGCCUUGUGGACCUGGCAUUGUAGAGCAGCCACAUUCUAAAUUCGCGGAUCUGACUGUUUGGAUGGACGGGCGUUUCUUUCAAAUUUAACGGAACCAUAGCUUCGAAUGUUCCCCUGAUCUCCUUCUGUAUUGACUGCAAAUAAAAUAUGUCUCAGG